AUGAUCGACUGUUUGUCUGAGGUAUAUUCUUCGCAUGAAAAUAUAUGGGGGCCAUUUGAUAUAGACCUCGAGCGCGGUUUCUUCAACGAGGAAACUGUUGGUGAGUUUAUCGAUGCCUAUUUUGAACAUACGGUUCGUCCUCGAUCUCGAAUCGUCCUGAAAUCCUUAUUCAAUCUGGAAACCACAUCGGCACACCUACUGCUCACAAUAUUUCUCUUGGGAGCAAAUUUUGGGCCAUCAGAGGGUGCAAAGUCACAGGCUACAAGGCGCCUCGAUAUGGCGGAAUAUGCGGUUUUUGAAAAUCCCACUUUUCUUCAACUUGUGUACAACCAGCAACCCCGAACCAGUGACAGUUUGAAUCAAACUGAGAUUGAAAGUAUCCAAGCAGCAGUUCUUAUCAUCCUUAUUCAAUUGGCUAGUCCCAAGGCAGAUGCUCGGCGUCGGGUGCGGAUACAACGGUACCCAGCUCUGGUAUCUGUUGCUCGAGCGACAUCCUUGACACAAGUUAGGAAUCGAUGGCACGAUCCUACUGUACCACUGAAUCAUGCAAAUUUCUUGAAAAAUGAGACUUGUAUCAGAUUGAUGGCCUCUAUAACAAUGCUAGACUGCCACAAUAUUAUGUUUUUAAAUACCCCUCCUCAAUUCACGGUGACCGAAUUUGGAUUCGAUCUCCCAGCCGAGGAAAAAGGUAUUGAUCUUGGAGACAGUGCUACAUGGGAGAUCUGGGCACAGAACGAAAGGGAAUACCAACGCCCUUCGCCAUUGAACAGGUUCAUACAAGAGCUUUUAUCUGAUGACUGGCCAGGGCUUGAGGACCCAAAAUACAGCAAUCUGAACGUAUUCACCCUUUUCGUUGUUGUUUCCGGUAAGCAUCCCACACCCCAAUUUCUCGCAUCAAUGCUGAAAUAA